AAGUCGGCAUGCAGGGUCAGAAGGGCGAAGACGGUGAUAAAGGCACAAUCGGAGAUCAAGGCCUCGUCGGUGAGAAGGGCGAAGUCGGUGAUCAAGGCCCAGUCGGUGAGAAGGGCGAAGUCGGCAUGCAGGGUGAGAAGGGCGAAGACGGUGAUAAAGGCACAAUCGGAGAUCAAGGCCUCGUCGGUGAGAAAGGCGAAGUCGGUGAUCAAAAAGGCACAAUCGGAGAUCAAGGCCUCGUCGGUGAGAAAGGCGAAGUCGGUGAUCAAGGCCCAGUCGGUGAGAAGGGCGAAGUCGGUGAGAAGGGGGAAGUCGGCAUCCAGGGUCAGAAGGGCGAAGACGGUGAUAAAGGCACAAUCGGAGAUCAAGGCCUCGUCGGUGAAAAGGGCGAAGUCGGUGAGAAGGGCGAAAUCGGCAUGCAGGGUCAGAAGGGCGAAGACGGUGGUAAAGGUACAAUCGGAGAUCAAGGCCUCGUCGGUGAGAAAGGCGAAGUCGGUGAUCAAGGCCCAGUCGGUGAGAAGGGCGAAGUCGGUGAUCAAGGCCCAGUCGGUGAGCGAAGUCGGCAUGCAGGGUGA